AUGUUGUCUAUGAGCUCGUUCUGCAGAUCAAAGAAACGCCAUGCCCCAGAGUUCAAGGUUGAUAAAGCACAACUUGAAACUAUUCGGUAUCUUUAUUCUCAACUAAGUGAAAAGCCCCCAGUUGAUCUUGACCAAUUGGGUGAUGGCAAGAUCCAGGACAAGGACGAGGCAAUCCUUCCCCGGGGUAUUCCACGACCCAAUUCUUUCUACACGAACAACCUAGUCACCUUGAUCCCUGCCAAAGACUUUGACCCGCACAAAAAGCGCAAAUUGGAUAUAGCGUGA